AUGUCCGAACACAAACUACAAAAAUAUUUCAGGCAGAAGUCUUCGGACUGGAAUAUCAUAGGAUUUUUGAAUGCCUGCAAAAUCGAACUGGUUGAGCAGAAGAUCGAAUGUUACCUUUUAUGCCUCGAGAAAAUAGCUAAUAACGAGAAAGGUUGUAGAGCCACGAAAGCACAAGAGCUCCUCAAAAGAUAUAGAGAGGCGAGUAUUUUUCUUUAUUUUUGGAAAAACAUCAAUGGGAAUAAUGGCGUGACGAGUGGCUUUGAGCUUCCUCUGUCAUUCAAGGCUCCGAGCCGAAGCCAAUAUUGGUGUCGGGACGUGAGUGACCUCCGAGGUUGUCCAUGUUUAAGACUGACUGGCACCAAUCCUGUUUGGGGCGUGCCUAGAACGAUCGACCUGACCGAAAACUCGCAAGGACAUGGAAGAAAGCCCGCCAACAUAGUUCUACAUUUCAAUUCUAUAAUACGAACUUCGCGGGCAAUUCCCAACUUGGAAAUUCUGGCACAACUCAUGGUGGACAAUUAUGAGGAUUCGACCGAUAAUUCAGAUUCAGAGUAUCCAUCCACAGAGGAGUCUGAAGAGGAUAUAGUAGUAUCACGUAAACGAAAACGGAGGAACGUCAGGACAGAAAUCGAAAAUAACGAAGAGGAUGAUGACUUACAGCCUCUCGACAUGGAACUAUUCAUUGAUGGCAAUACUACUCCACCCUCAAGUUCUCUGCCCAAGAAGGUUAUCACUCCACAGAAGCCAAAUCUUGAUGCUUCAUUUGGCGACCACAUAGUUGUGGGAGAACGAGGGUGCAUUGUGCAAAUGCACCCCGCAGUACAGUCCUGGCUUAUGGACGUUCUUCUGUCCAACAAGGAAACGUUCAAGUCAGCUCUGGAUGGGAGUCCUUGUUCGGAAUUUGCUGAAGUGUGCAAAUUCAUUCUGAUGGACUUAUAUUGGGAAAGGAAGUACACCGUGGAAAACAUCGUUCCAAUGUUCAAGGGAAUCGCUGCGAUUUACGACAAUGUCACAUUUGACUGGAUUGAAGCCGAACUCAGUUGUAUUCGUGGCGUGAAGGCAAUGUUCCCCAAGUCUGCGAUAACAGUCCACAAGGCCGAUGGUAUUGGUAUAAGUCGCGUGAAUCAAAAAGAAACCAUCUUCAUUGAGGUCUCGGGGGGUCCCGUAAACCCUGUUGCAAAACACAUCGUGGAAGACACAGAAAAGCUCAUAAGAGAGGGUGUUUUUGGUCUUAUUGCGAUUUUGCGAGACCAUCUCACGAAGCCUCUUGAAAAGUGUAUGCAAGUGAGGACCUUUAUAUUGCAAGUCAUAGCUGACCGAAUGACACUCAGUGAGGUGGGACUUUCCAACAUCAAGCAUAAGUAUGUCGUGUUGGAAAUCUGCUCUGCACAGAUUCCAUUCGCAUUUGAUGAUGUGCCGAAAUUUAUGCAUAUUUUUAAUCUACUGCAUACUUUAGUG